GACGGCUGGCAGAUUUGCAUACAACGGUUUUUUGCUGUAUGUUUUCUUUUCCCGGAACGAACGUAUUGUUGUGCUAUUUAAUAUCUAAAAAGUUCCCUGUGUAACAAUUAUGUAGUAUGGGCGAAUAAUUUGUAUUCCGUACUCCUUUUAUUAACCGGAAAGUAACUCAGUAAUUGUGCCAAAAAGUUAGAAGCCAGUUUUGCUAGAUUCUGUCUACAGUACAGUACUUCUACUCAUACUAACUUUCUUGAAAGACUGCAGCCAUUAUUUAUCUGUUGAAGUUAUGUGGGAGUCGAGGUAGUGCUUCAGUGGAAAUUCAUUUAAACUUAUUUGGAUCAAAAUUCGAAAUCAUCAAACAUCGGGACUUUUCCAAUCGAAUGCGAAAGGCUCAGGAAAGAGGGAAAGAGUCGCAGAUCACACGGGUAGCAUCCCACGGACUUUGGUUGGCCGUGAUAGUCCGUGACCGUAAGUGAUAACUGAUAACUGUGGACUGUAUAAUACGUUCCAUUUCCUGCGGCGAUGCGUUUACGGUGUCGAGUUAUCGGUUUGACUGCGUGAUGCGACUGAUAAGCUGUCUGUGAUGGGUUGCUGCUGGAACUGGACACGUUGCAAGCAUAUUUUCUGCUUUUGCUGCUAUUCCAAAUACCACAACCGCUAUAAAAUGAGGACGCAGACGUUCGGGAAAAUGUCGUUCGCCCAGGCUGUACACAUGUUUGAAAUUGAGAAUAAACACGGAGCCGUAUUGACUGUGAUUGAUUACGGUGCACGCAUUGUUGGACUCAAAGUUCCUGCUGCUAAUGACACUUUUGUCGAUGUGGUGUGCGGCUUCAAGUCUUUGGAAGACUAUCUCAAGGAUGAUCUGUAUUUUGGAGCACUUGUGGGACGUGUUGCUGGAAGGACCGCGCCCGCCACUGUCAAUAUAGAUGGACGAACUUGUAAUCUUGUGGCGAAUGAUGGAAACAACCAUUUGCACGGAGGGUUGAAUGGCUUCGACAAGGUUGUCUGGCGUGCUGAGCCGAUCGAAGAAGAAAACGGUGUUAGUGGCAUCCGUUUUCGGCAUAACAGUCCUUCCGGCACCGAAGGCUAUCCCGGGGAGUUGGUCUGUGAAGUAGAAUAUCGCCUGACCAACGAAAACGAAGUUAUCAUCAAGAUUAAGUGUCUGGCGGAAGAAGCGACGAUUGUUAGCAUUCCGAAUCAUGCUUAUUUUAAUCUCGGGGGCAAGGACGAACCAAAUAUUUAUGAGCACAUCGUCAGCAUCGCUGCAGAGUCGUAUCUACCAGUGAACGAGAAUUCCAUACCGACUGGGGAGAUUGUCCCUGUCCAGGGAACGAUUUACGACUUUCGGAAGGGGCGCCGUCUUGGUGAUGCCAUCCCAACCACUCCCGAUAAUGGCUAUGACCAUUACUUUUGCUUGUCUGAUGUUCCACGCACAACGCCAGCACAUGCAGCCACAAUUUCUCACCCGAAAACCGGAAUAAGCAUGGAAAUUCUUACAACGCAACCAGGUGUUUUGAUGUAUACCGGAAACUACCUCCAUAAAGAUGUUGUGGGAAAAUACGGUGAAAUUUUGGAUCGACAUUCCGCUAUCUGCUUUGAAACACAGAACUAUCCGAAUGCGAUUAAUACGCCGGGAUUUCCUUCCCCAAUCGUCAAAUCUGGCCAGACUUAUCUCCACACCACUAUCUGGAAAUUUACCAAAUCCAAGCAUAAGGAUUAAAUUAAAUAUUUGCCGAUUUCGACCCGCUUCGCCGUGGGUGCUUUUUACUGCUUACCGCUCGUAUGGCAUGCCAUCGGCUUGUAGGAUUUCGUGCCGCGGUUAAGUGCUUAUUCACGAAUGGCUUGCUUAAUUCGGCGGCACAGUGUGUUUUCUUGUCUUGACGCGUAAACUAAAUUGUGGAUGGCUCAUUGUGAUUGUAAAUUCCUAAUUUAUUUAUGUUUGGUUGUUUUAUUGCGAUUGUCGAAGAAUCUCAGUGGAAAUGCUGUUUUCGCAGGAAAAAGCACAUUUGAAUACUCAUCGUGUUGUUGGUUUCAUAUCUAUCGUUUUGUUGUUGCAGUUGAGGAAAGCACAUGAAUACUCUAGAGUAUUUUUAAUUUGUUCGGCCCUCGUUUUUGGAGAAUCUUUCUGUGUUGACACUUCGCAAUCUGCGUGUUUUGUUAAGACUCUGAAUACUAACGUGAAGUUAUAUUCGACAA